UUCACCUUUUUGUGUUUCUCAUCACGCACAACCCCCCUUAACAAAAACUUGAGACAAAGACACUCCGAGGAAGAACACAUAGAGAGGGAGUUAGAGAACCCCACCUAUCAUCAUCUAUGGGCUGUGUCUCCUCAAAAUGCAUCAGGGAGGAAAUGAAGCUAGAAGAACAACACCACCAUGUCACUCUCACCAACAAUGGUGGCGGCGGUUACUUGAACCACGUGGUGUCUCUCACUUCUACCACCUACGGAGCACUUAAGUUAGACAACGAACAACAACCUCCAACCCCCAAGAAAACACAAUGCGUGGUCACCACUGCUUGUUCUGAUUCUAAGACUCACAGGGAAUCUCCAUCCCCAUCACCUGCUCGUAAAGAAGAGAAGCCAGAGGCCAUCAUCAACACUUGGGAACUCAUGGAAGGUCUCGAAGAGGAAACGCAACUACAAUUGCAACCGCUGACGGUGAAGAAGAGUCCCAAGUCAACGCCUUUUCUUCGCGGCUUCACUGCUACUACUCCUUCUGACACCACCAAAAGAAGCCCUUCCUUGAAGUUGAAGAGAUCCAUCGGGAAGGAGAAUAAAGUUCUUCAGGAUAAUAACGGUUUCACCAGAGGAGGUGGUGUUAGGCGCUUGGAUUAUCCAAGCCCUAAGAGCAAUAAUGUUCUCAAAACCGCACAUUCUUGCCCCAACACUUGCAAGCCAGCGUUCAAUUCGGGGUUUCAACCAAAAGGGUCUCCGAUUCACGCAAAAAGGAAUAGUGUUGGGAGUGAAACCGGGUCCGCGAAAUCGUUGCAGAGGAAGAGUCCCCUGUUUGAUCCAGACCUCGUUGCUUCAUACGAAAGGGAACUCUCAGAAGAAGAAGAACAAAUCAAGAGAAUGAUUUGGGCAACUCCGAGAACGCGAAGAGCAAGAAAAUCAAUAGACUCGAUGAAACUUCUUCAGUCUUUUGAGAAGAAGUGCCCUCCUGGAGGAGAAAACGUCAUUGUUAUAUACACCACAACGUUACGAGGUAUAAGGAAGACAUUUGAAGAUUGCAACAAAGUUCGGUCCAUCGUUGAAUCCUAUUGCGUUCACGUGGUGGAGCGCGAUGUUUCCAUGGACUCGGGGUUCAAAGAGGAGUUGCGGAAGCUAAUGGGGACAAAAGAAGUGAAGGUUCCUGUUGUGUUUGUGAAGGGAAGGUUGGUUGGAGGUGCUGAACAAGUUGUGAAGCUCGAAGAAGAGGAGAAGCUCGGUGCUCUUUUUGAAGGGAUACCCAUGGCGGUGGGGGGCGGUGGCUGUGAAGGAUGCGGUGGCGUUAGGUUUCUGAUGUGUGUGGCGUGCAAUGGGAGCUGCAAGGUUUUGGAUAGUGAGGAUCCUAAGAAGACUGUGAGGUGUGGUAAGUGCAAUGAGAAUGGAAUUGUUCAGUGUCCCCUUUGUUGCUAAAUGAUUUAUUGUCCUCAGAGAUUUUCUUAAACAUCUUUUUAGUUACUAAAUGAAGAAAAAAUUUGAUUUUUUUUUUACUUCAUUUAGCAUUUAGAAAUUUGUUUAAGAAGAUUUUCAAGAUGAUAAAUCAUUACUCGUGUUUGUGUUGUUUGGGAUAUGAUUUAUCUUUUGGUGGUGAUUUAUUUUUAAUCAUGUUUAACCUUAGGUUAGGGGUUCUAAAGCUUUUUUUAGUUCCCUGUUGUUUGAUUCUUUUAAUUGAUUGUAUUGUAUUUGGGAACACUGCUUGUUACUAAUCUAAUUCUAACACCAACA